GAAGGGGCAGAGGCCGAGCGUUAGCUGGAGUGCCUUGUUACAAAGGUUCCUCUGCAUUAUUACAGUCAGCAGUUUGCGAGUCUCCUCAUCUCAUUUCUAUUCACUCAUCCUCCCUCGUUUCACUCCUCCAUUGCUGUCAGGUUGUUAAGAAAGCAUCAGGACGAGACAUGUGUAGGGGAGCCCCACUGGCAUUUCCUCAGCAGAGCUUCAGAGAAGAACCUCCAGAUGAGGCGAGACAAAGCCGAGCAGUCGAAUUCAACAGAUUUGUUUUGUUGGUGUGUGAUUUGGAGGAGAUGGGUUUCUGGUUUUCAUUCGUCCUCUCCGGUGCCUGGGCUUUUCUACAGAUGGAGCUCCAAGGUGUGUGUGGGCAGCAGGCGUUCAAGACAGAGCCACGUAAUGUGACGGUCAGGGCGGGGGCCACAGCUCUGCUGAAGUGUGAAGUGCUGAGGGCCUCAGGGGCCGUGCAGUGGGUUAAAGAUGGGCUGCUCCUGGGACCUCAGAGAUCGCUGCCUGGCUACCCACGCUACAGCAUGACAGGAGACCAGCAGAAAGGCCAGUACCAUCUUCAAAUUGUCAACAUGAGUUUGGAAGACGACGGCCCCUACGAGUGCCAAGUGGGCCGGUCCGUGAGCAGCCGUGCCAUCGUAUCCCGCACAGCCUGGCUUAAUGUGCAGAUCCCGCCCUCACAGCCGUACAUCCAGCUGGAGUCUGAUGAGCCGUGGGUGGAGGGAGAUGAAUACACGGUGACCUGCAUCACUCCUGAUGCAAAGCCUCCUGCAGAAAUCACCAUGUUCAGAGAUGGAGAGGAGCUGACGGAAACCGAUUCUUUCACAAUGUCAGGCUCACAGGAUAAACUUCUGAACACUCAUGCUGAAGUCGUCAUCAGGGCACGAAGUUCAGACAAUACACGGCAGCUGACAUGUCGAGCGAAGAAUCCAGCUGCUCCUCGAGUUCUUGAGACAAGCAUCACCAUGAGGGUAUACUUUCCCCCGCAGGCUCCGGUCAUCAUGGGAUUGGAAAAUGAAGAAGUCAAAGCAGGAUCCUUUCUCAGGGUGGUGUGCAUGUCAUACGGGGGCAACCCACUGGCCACUCUGCAUUGGAUUAAGAACGGAGAAGUCCUGUCCACUAGCUGGGAGGUGGACAUUGUGUCACGUCGGUCCAGUAGUGUGUUGAAAAUGGAGGUGAAGCCAGAAGACAAUCAUGCUGUGCUGCGGUGCGAGAGCACCAACCAAGUGUCUCAUUCACCAAUGUCCAUCACUCGCACUCUGACCGUCCUUUUUGAGCCAACCGAGGUAACGUUACUGGGCACCUUUGAAGCCAUAGAGGGAGAGGAGAUCAAUCUGCUCUGUCACACUUCCUCUAGUAAUCCUCCGGUCAACAUCCGCUGGUGGCUCGGGUUCAGGGAGCUCAACAGUACAGCUGUUACCAUCUCUGAGGGGGAUAAUGGUGGGAUGAUGACGAUGUCUAACCUGACGCAUAAAGUGUCACGUGAGGACAACGGUCUUUCUCUGACUUGUGAGGCGUUUAACAAAGGCACCCGUUUCUCUAGCGUUCGGUCUGGAGAGCUCAUCGUUUACUAUCCUCCUCAGAAGGUGUGGUUAGAUGCACCUCCACCGAACGUCUUCUUACACUCUGGGACAGCUCUUCGUUUGGUCUGCUUCUCCAGUGGUGGCAAUCCCACCGGUCAGCUGGUCUGGUUGAAGAACAAUAAAGUGAUUCAGACCGCAUCGAGGCAGGUGUCCUCAGAGCGUGGUGUGUCACGAGAGCUGCUUCUCACCCUCCAGCCCAGUGACAAUCUGGCCACCUACCGCUGCGACUCCUCCAACAAAGCCAAGAAAGUUCUGUCCGCCCAGACCAAACUCAGAGUUCUGUUUCCGGCAGUGAGCGUGAAGGUCGUGGCCAAGCAGCAGGAGCUGCGCAGGGGUCAGACGCUGGACCUGGACUGCCUGGCCGGAAGCAGCAAUCCCACUGCAAAUAUCAGCUGGAGUUUGGGCCCCGUCAUGCUGAAGGGAGUUGACCAGGCUCCUAAAAAGGCUGAAUUUGGUGGAAUGUCCCGAACUAGUAAGCUGUCCCUCACUCUUGAGUCCCAUCACUGGAAGAAAAGGAUCACCUGUCAGGCCUUCAGUAAUGUGCUGUCCGAGGGUGUCAACAACUUCUACACUCUGAAUGUGCUCUUUCCGCCGGAGUUUUCGGAUGAGCAGCCGGAUCAGGUCCAGGUCACUGAGGAUGAAACCGCCAAGCUUCCUGUCAAAGUCUCCGGCAAUCCAGAUGAAAUCACCUGCGAGUGGAUUUUUCAGGGCGAGAAGCUUGUGAAAGAAAGAGAUCCUCGUUAUCACUUCGAUGACUGGACCCUGGAAAUCGUGAACGUUUCUCGGCAGGACGGGGGCGAAUACAUCAUAGAGUGUUCCAACGCUGAGGGGAAGAACCGCACAAAGCUUAAGCUGGAUGUACAGUAUGCCCCGACUGUGCGUAUGAAGUCUGAUCCUGUGUAUGUGAACUUGGGAGACACUGCAGACUUACUGUGCAUCGCUGAUGCCAACCCCAUCACCUACAGUAUGUUUUCCUGGAAGUGGAUGGGUGAAGGGGAAGUCGAUGAUCUGGGAGAGGAGAGUGAAGAUGAAGGAACUGGUUUGUUAACUAUUUAUGAGGUGACCCGUGACCGGGCAGGUUUUUACAAGUGUACAGCGGACAACGGCGUAGCGCCUCCUGGCAGUGUGGAAGGACAACUCAUCGUACGCUUUGCUCCAGAGCUUCAGAAGGGGCCGCAGUGGAGGAAGGUGGCCAGCCGAGGGGACGGCAGCAGCGAUGCAAAUGUGGUUUGUCAGGCACUAGGCGUUCCUCGGGUCCAGUUCACCUGGGCAAAAAAUGGAUUCCCUUUAGACCUCGGCAACCCCAGGUACGAGGAGAAGACGGAGGUUGCAGGGACCGUACACACCAGCAUUCUGACAGUCAUAAACGUGAGCGCAGCGCUGGACUACGCCAUCUUCACCUGCACCGCCCACAACAGCAUGGGAGCGGACUCUCUAGACAUCCAGCUCCUCAGCACCAACCACCCCGAUCCCCCAUCAGACCUGAAGCUGCUCCGUGUCGACCAUAACUCUGUAACUCUGGAAUGGAUGCCUGGAUUUGACGGUGGUUUGACACAGAACUUCCGUGUCAGGUACCGGUGGGCGGGAUCAGCCAGUUUCAUGUAUGUGGACGUGUUUCCUCCAACAGCUACUGUGUACACAGUCACAGGCCUUAACCCUUCCACUACAUACAACCUUUCAGUCAACGCUAUCAAUACAAUGGGAGAGAGCAGCUAUGCAGACAACAACAAAAUCCUGAGCGUCACCACUGCCGAUGCGGAGGAAGCGGAUGAAGGGGUCUCCCCAGCAGACCAGGACUCGGCUCUUGCAGGUCGUGGUCUUCCUGUCUAUGUGGUGGUGAUCUUGGUUGUGGGCGGUCUUCUGUUGUUCCUAAACCCUCUGAGCUGCUUUCUAUUCGCCAAAUGGAAAAGAGGGAGGAGCCUGAAAGAGGACACCAGGAGCAUUUCACAGGAGACUAAAAGCGAGGAGGAGAGGUCCACGGUGAGCGGCUCAACCCGCUAUGCGAGCAGAGAGCUAAUCAACGCCACGGCCCAGCGAACGCUCCUCAUUGACAGCAGCUCCGAGCCUGACAGCAGCGUCUAUGAGAGCUACGGACGGCAGGAGGGUUCUCAUUAUUACUACCCAACCGAGGCCUACAGCCCCGCUCUGUUUACUCACCCUGAAGGGCCUGAGGAUCAUGAUGGCAGACGCGGAACAAAUCCUCUCACUCAUGACUAUGAGGAGGUGAGAGGCUGGGGGACAUACGAGGACCUGCAGGGUUUCUCACUGUUGCCCCCUGCUGCCCGAUUUCAUCCACGAGCACCAGUAUCCACCUACUAUGAGGGAAGGGUAUACGGUAAAGCUGAUGUGGACGUAACAGGAGGAGUUUAUGAUUCUAUGGUGUACAGACGCAGAAGAGACACAGACUUGCCGUUUGAGCUCAGAGGAGAGCUGGUUUAAUGAUAGUGAGGCUCUGGUCUAGACCAGCUCUAUCCCCAGACCAGUUUGGGUUUAUAAAACAUUUCCCACUUUUACUUUUCCUAUUAUUUGUCUAAAAUAUGUUGACUGUUCUUUUUUUUGCAUUUUAAUGUCACCAUAAAUGUUAAGUUGUUAAAUAAAUA